GCGCGAGCGGGUGUCGCCACGGGACGAGCCAGUGUCGCGAGCUGCCGCCGGCCGGCGCGUUAUGGACGUUGCAUGAGCGGGCGCGAGCGCGACCGCUGGAGCCGACGGGCACGCCGGUCGUGGAGCGCGCGCCGUGGGCCCCGGGCGGCGCGGGCAUGCGCUUCGAGGGAGCGGAGCGGCGCGACGCCGUCGCGUUUCACCCGCUGCUGGCGCCGCGGCCGAGUGACUUCUCGGUGUCGGCGCUGCUGACGGCGGGCGCGCUGCCUCAUCCGCCGUACCUGCCAGCCGCACUAGCCGCCGCAUUGUCCGCGCCCUGCCCGCUACUGAAGCCGCCGCCGCCGCCUUAUGCGCCGCUGCCCCCCGACGACGACGGCGUCGUCGACGACCCUAAGGUCACCCUCGAGGGCAAGGACCUCUGGGAGAAGUUCCACAAGCUGGGCACCGAGAUGGUGAUCACCAAAAGUGGCAGACAAAUGUUCCCACAAAUGAAGUUCCGCGUGUCUGGACUAGACGCGAAGGCGAAAUACAUUCUAUUACUGGACAUCGUUGCAGCCGACGACUACCGAUAUAAGUUCCAUAACAGCCGAUGGAUGGUAGCCGGCAAAGCAGAUCCAGAGAUGCCGAAACGCAUGUAUAUUCACCCUGAUUCGCCGUCUACAGGCGAGCAAUGGAUGCAGAAGGUCGUCUCCUUCCACAAACUCAAAUUGACCAACAACAUCAGUGACAAACACGGAUUCGAGCUCAUCUAUAGCCAAAGCCAACGGAUGUUAUCAAAGAUGCUGUGGCCCAACCCCGCCCCUACCGCCCGAGACCCCUACUCUGAUCAUUUGUGUGUUACGCAGACGAUCCUCAACUCUAUGCACAAGUACCAGCCCCGGUUCCACCUCGUGCGAGCCAACGACAUCCUGAAGCUGCCAUACUCGACCUUCAGGACUUAUGUCUUCAAGGAGACCGAGUUUAUUGCUGUCACUGCUUAUCAAAAUGAGAAGAUUACUCAACUGAAAAUCGAUAAUAAUCCGUUCGCAAAAGGCUUCCGGGACACGGGGGCCGGCAAACGGGAAAAGAAUGGAAAAUUGCUCAAUGAUAACACGAGUAGUCUGUCGGUGUACCGCAGGCAGGCGUUGCUGACGGCCCGCGCCGACGCCAGAGACGAUGACGACGAACGUCCCCUCGACGUCGGUGGACCUUCUAGUCCGCCUCCGCCACCGCCGCAGCAACAUUCUACCACUUCAUGGUUCAGUACCAGCAGUGGCGGCGGGAGCGGAGGCGGCGGCGGCGGGGGUGUCGACUCCGGCAACGAGGAAGGCAUAGAAGCCGGAUCGGAUUCCUCCUGCUCAGGCAGCGCCAGACCUGCCUCACCCCCCGCAGGCCCCUCACGGCCUUCACCAGCCCCUGACGUCUCUCUAGGUCCGCCUGUACAACCGCCGUUACUACCCUACCUCUACCCGCCGUCAUUGUACCCGCCUCCAUUCUUCCCACCACAUCAAAUGCCGCCAGGACUACUGUUCAAUCUCCACCCCUUACUGCAGCAGUACUCGCUGCCACCGCCGCCUGGUCUCCCGGCGCCUCACGCGCCCGCCCCGGUACCGUCACUGGCGAAGAUGCACAGGUUCGCGCCUUACGCGCUACCUGGCCUUGGGUCGGCGUUUGAACAAGUAGCGCCUCGCGCUCGUAGUCUAAGCUCGUCUCCUGCGCGGCCGAGGCCCGGUUCUCCGCCUGCACGUGCCGCUUCGGCUGACCCUCCACCCGAUGCUCCAAGUUCUACGACAACGGGCUCAGCAGCGACCCCGCCUGCGUCUGACCUGAAAAGCAUUGAACGCAUGGUAAACGGGCUGGAUGUAGAGACGCAGGACUGAUUCGCGCCCGCGCAAUGUACAUAGCGUGUAUUUAUAUCGAGAUAGCGCCGUCGCUUCGGCCCGAUCGCUCCGUAGGCGGGGGCAUCGUUUUGUAUCGUUCCUAUUUUGUUUUCUGUCUAUUCGGGUCGAUAUUCGUAUACUGAUGUAAAUAGUUAAGCUUGUUAGACGAUUACGUGUUCGCUGACCGGAAUGUUACAUGGUCACC